CAAGAAGAUCACUUUACAGAAGACGUAAAAUCCCCAAACAACAAUAUUAUUGGAGAAACAAAGUUAAGUAGAAAUAACCUAACACCUGCAUUUAAUAUACAUCAUAGUGAUGAUACAUUAUACAGUUGUGGAAAACCAUUUGAUAACCUAAAACAACAAAAGAGGAUACACUCUGGAGUGAAACCAUAUCAGUGUACAGUUUGUGGAAAACAGUUUGAUAGAAAUAGUCACUUAAAAAUACAUCAAAGAAUACACACUGCGGAGAAAUCUUACAGUUGUGGAGUUUGUGGAAAACACUUUAGAACAAAUGGUGAAUUUAAAACACAUCAAAGAAUUCAUACGGGUGAGAAACCUUACUGUUGUACAGUGUGUGGAAAAUACUUUCGUACAAAUAGUGCCUUAAAAAGACAUGAAAGAAUACACACUGGGGAGAAUCCGUACAGUUGUACAGUAUGUGGAAAACAGUUUGGAACAAAGACUGACUUAAAAAUACAUGAAAGAAUACAUACUGGAGAGAAACCUUACAGUUGUACAGUGUGUGGAAAAAACUUUGGGACAAACAAUUACUUAAAAACACAUCAAAGAAUACACACUGGGGAGAAACCUUACAGUUGUACAGUGUGUGGAAAACAGUUUCGUACAAAUAUUGCCUUAAAAACACAUCAAAGUAUACACACUGGGGAGAAAUCUUACAGUUGUGUAACUUGUGGAAAACACUUUAGAACAAAUGGUGAAUUAAAAGUGCAUCAAAGAACUCAUACUGGUGAGAAACCUUAUAGGUGUAUAGUGUGUGCUAAACAAUUCAUAUCAAGCUGUAACUUAAAAAAACAUCAUAGAAUACACACUGGGGAGAAACCUCACAGUUGUGCAGUUUGUGAAAAACAGUUUGUAACAAACAGUGAAUUAAAAAUACAUCAAAGAAGACACACUGGGGAGAAACCUUACCAUUGUGCAGAUUGUGGAAAACAGUUUGGAACAAAGACUGACUUAAAAAGACAUCAAAGAAGACACACUGGGGAGAAACCUUACAGUUGUACAGUGUGUGGAAAAAACUUUUGUAAAAAUAGUACCUUAAAAAUACAUCAAAGCAGACACACUGGAGAGAAACUUUUCAGUUGUGGAAAAGAAUUUGGAGCAAACAGUGAAUUAAAAAUACAUCAAAUAACACACACUAGAGAGAAACCUUACAGUUGCAUGUUGUGUACAGAACAGUUUGUAUCAGUCUAUAAUUUACAAAAACAUCAAAUAGCACACACGCUCGGGUCAAUUAAGUGAAACAAAUUUGUAAAAAAAAGUAGUUAAUUUAAAUUUAGUUAAUUUAAAAAAAAAAUAAAGAUUGCAUGUGGGGUAGAAACUUUACAGUUUGUGGAAAACAAUUUGUAUGUAACUAUAGCUUAAAAAUGCCUCAGAGAAUACACAGCUGGGAGAAACCUUACAUUUAUGUAAGCUCUCGUUUUGAUACCAGUUGUUGGCACAGCACAGGUAGCCUAUUGUUUAGCUUUGUAACAUACUGUUUAACAUUAAAAGUUGUUUUAAUCACAAAAUUUAACUAUACCCUGAAAUAUUAAAAACUGAUUAAAAUAUUUAGCAAGCUUUCCCUUAAUCUCCUUCAAAUUAACAGCAUCCACCACAUUUGAAGGUAACAUUUUCCGAAGUCCAACCACCUUUUAGUUGAAGAUUACUCUGAUGAAAUUUAUAUUCGUGUUUCCUAGUCUUAUCAUUAAAUAGAAAGAAAAGAUGAUACAUCAACCCUAUCAAUUGCUUUAACAAUCUUAUACAUUUUAUAGUUUGUGGAAAACAACUGAAAACAAACAAUUAAUUGAAAAGACAUCAAAGAAAACAUGCUGGCGAGAAACCUUACAAUUAUUCAGUUUGUGGAAAAUAACUGGGACCAAACAAUUAAUUGAAAACACACAAAAGAAAACAUACUGGUGAGAAACCUUACAAUGUUCAGUUUGUGGAAGAGAACAAUAUCUUUAUUGUUAAGUUUAUAUUAAUUUUUUCAUUAUCUUCCAAAAUCAUUCCUUAAGCUUUGUUAUUUUCUUCAAAAUUUUCUGAGAAAGCAUCCAAUUUUAGAUUGUGCACACCUCCCACUGUUCUUUGGGCUCUAUGUGGUAUUCAUGGUGUAUGCUGCUGGCAUUGGAUGCAGGAAGUCUACGGUAAGUUGGGUAUCCGAAUGUCUUGACAUUUAUACAGGGUAGUCCUGUGAUCCAAUUUUAGAUUGUGCACACCUCCCACUGUUCUUUGGGCUCUAUGUGGUAUUCAUGGUGUAUGCUGCUGGUAUUGGAUGCAGGAAGUCUACGGUAAGUUGGGUAUCCGAAUGUCUUGACAUUUAUACAGGGUAGUCCUGUGAUCCGGGUGGCAAGGGUGGAUAUUUUGUGUCCCAGUCAAUGUUGUGCAGACAGGAGAUGCACCGAUGUACGUACUUACUGUUGUCUUUAUUCAAUAAACUUUUUGGGAAAGGUG